GGGACCAAUUUCACAACCAACAUCAGGUACUCCGGAGUCUCAUCCAGUAACGAUCUAUCGCAAACCGACGCCGGCCACCGCCGUCAAUGUACACAGAAGAGCGUCUCCAACGGCCAGCCGACCUCUGACUCCUGAUCGUAGAUGUUUAAAAUCCGAAUUGAUCAUUCGUCAACACGUUGACGCCUUCUGCACCAUCGUCGAACCUACCACCGUCGAACCUACCACCGUCCUUUGCACAGCGCGCUACCGGAUCUACAUUGCGUCUACAACUAGCUACACACGAAUCUUGUGCUGGAGUUGGCAAUGCUGCAAAGCCUCAAAGCCACACCGUUAAGAUGGAAUCCAAUAAUGACCCGAAGCGAGUUGUUCUUCGUUUUCACGUUCAGCACGAGCUGGAGGAAGCAGCUAUAAAUGAACGAUUUUUCGCGCUAUACGGCCCUGAACCUCCGAAGAACGACUUCUACUCUCACUUGAUGGCCCCUAACGAAUCUUCCAAGAUGCAUAUCGUUCUAGAUAUCCAUUGUAAAUCGCACCCAACCAUCGACAACAGCAAGAUGGCAUACGAAGUCUUCAAAGUAGAAAAGAAAGACGAAUUUGAAUUCGAAAAGCUUAAUGGUGCUGCGUGUAAAUUUGCUCGCGUGCGCUGCGAGAGGAUCAAAUGGGGCACCGACCGAUCUUAAUCUGAAGAAUUGGAUGGCGAUCGUGCAUUGCACGUAGGACACUCUCCGCCCACGUUCGUAUCUUGAGGAUCAAGGGACAAUGGUAAGUCCCUUAGCUGUCCACUUGGAGGCAUACAAAGUUGUUGGUUCGGACGAGCUCGUGCUGCUGCACAUCGAAGAUAGUCACCCCGUACUUGAUGUUGAGGGAUCCGGCGACAAUUGGCAUACGUUGUAAUCUAGAUGUCGCACAUGUUGAGUUACGUAGAUCUAUAUAGAUUUAGAAAGAUGUUGCUGAGCAACAACGGUAAAAAUCAUGGCACGCUCGUUGAAGAUACGGGCGCUAACUUGUCAUGCGGGCG